GACUGUACCCUCAAAAUGGUGGACCGUCUUGCAGAUGGUUGCCUGGACACGGAUGCCCAGAACCUUCUCAGCAACCUCAAGGAGCGCAUUGCUGACCGGCAGCCUGGAGUUCUCAAGGCCCACCACCUAGCGUGGAGCCGGGACCUGGUGAACCCCAAAAACAAGGCUCAUGCCCGAUACCUGAAGGAGCUGGGGGAACAGUUUGUGGCCAGGGCUAACCAUCAGGUUCUUGAGCGCCUCCGGGAGCUGGAGGCGGGCAGGCAGGAGUUGGCGUGGCUCUACCAGGAGAUCCGCCACCACCUGGGACUCAGUGCCGAGGUCAACCGGACCUUCUGUGGGCGCCAGGAGCUCCUGACCCAGCUGGGGCAGCGGCUGCGACAGAGUGACGGCCACCCCCACCCACCGCUGGUGCUUUUUGGACCCCCCGGCAUCGGAAAAACUGCUCUGAUGUGCAAGCUGGCUGAGCAAAUGCCGGGGCUGCUCGGCCGCAAGACAGUGACCAUUCUGCGGCUUCUGGGGACGUCACAGAUGAGCUCUGAGGCCCGAGGCCUGCUCCAGAGCAUCUGCUUCCAGGUGUGCCUGGCCUAUGGGCUACCCCUGCCCCCUGCCCAGGUCCUAGAGGCCCACACCAGGGUGGUCCAGUUUUUCCACAUCCUCCUCCACACCGUCUCCUGCCGAAACUUUGAGUCCCUCGUGAUCCUGCUGGAUUCGGUGGAUGAGGUGGACUCUGUCCACUGUGCUAGGAGGAUCCCCUGGCUGCCUCCCAAAUGUCCUCCGAGGGUCCACUUCAUCAUCUCGGCCUGCUCUGGACAGCGGGGGGCUUUAGACACCAUGCAGCAGGUGCUCACAGACCGAGGGGCUUACUGGGAGGUGAAACCCCUCUCCGGAAACCAAGGGCAGGAGAUGAUCCAGCUCCUGCUGGCUGCCUCGAGGAGGACACUGAGUCCGGUGCAGAGGGACAUGCUCUGGGCCAGCCUCCCAGAGUGUGGACACCCAGGGCGGCUAAGGCUGGCUUUCGAGGAGGCCCGGAAGUGGGCCUCCUUCACUGUGCCAGCCCCGCUGGCCUCCACUGCUAAGGAGGCGAUGCAACAGCUGUGUGCCCGCCUGGAGCAGACACACGGGCGGCUCCUGGUGGCCCGCGUGCUGGGCUACAUUGAGUCUUCCCGGCAUGGGCUCUCAGAGGCGGAGCUAAAGGAUGUCCUGUCCUUGGAUGACGAGGUCCUGCAGAGCGUGUACCAAGACUGGACCCCACCCAGCAAAGAGCUUCUGCGUUUCCCGCCCCUGCUGUGGGUGAGGCUUCGUCGAGAUCUGGGUAACUGCUUGGCCAGGCGCCCUGUGGAUGGCUUCACCCUUCUGGCCAUUGCCCACAGACAGCUGGCCGAGGUGGUCCGAGAGCGCUACCUGUCUGGGCCUGAGAAGGCCAAGAGUCACGGCGUCUUGGCUGACUUCUUCUCAGGGGCCUGGAGCCAGGGCAUCAAGAAACUCAUCACCCUGCCACUUGUGGGAAAACCCCUGAACCUGGACCGCAAGGUGGCCCCUCAGCCCCUGUGGUUCUCAGACACGGUUGCAAACGUGAGGAAGCUGAAGGAGUUACCCUACCACCUGCUCCAUGCAGGCCGUAUCGAGGAGCUGAAGCAUGAGGUUCUGGGCAGCAUGAGCUGGAUUUCCUGCCGGGGCCUCUCUGGGGGCAUCGAGGGUCUGUUGGAGGACUUCGCCCUGUGCGCCCCACACGUGGACUGUCCUGAGGUCAGCCUGCUCCGGGAAGCUCUCCAGCUGUGCCGCCCGGCUGUGGAGCUCCGAGGCAUGGAGAGAAGCGUCCUGUACACAGAACUCCUGGCCAGACUCCACUUCUUCACUGCUUCGCAUCCCGGGCUGGUGGGACAGUUGUGCCAACAGGCGCAGAGCUGGUUCCGGAUGUGCCCUCACGCUGUGCUGGUGCCCCUCGGAGGAUUCCUCCAGCCCCCUGGGGGGCCCCUCCGGGCAACCCUUACCGGCUGUCACAAAGGCAUCACUGCCAUGGCCUGGAGCCUGGAAGAGAAGCUGCUUCUGGUUGGCACCCAGGAGGGCAUGGUGGCUGUGUGGGACAUGGAGGAACAGCAGGUGAUACACAUCCUACCUGGACACACAGGAGAGGUGAGGUGUGUGGAAGUGUUUGCCCAAGGGACACUUGCUAUCUCUUCCUCGAAAGACCACACCUUGCGCUUGUGGGACUUACUCUCUGGCCAGGAGAAAUUCACCAUUUGGGAUGGAGGUUCAAAAGAUCCCACUGAAUCUCAGACCUGGAGCCUUCAUGUGGAUGAAGCAAAGAAGGUUGUGUAUUCAGCUUCAGGCUCAAAGAUCAGUGCUUGGAACCUGGAAAGUGCAGAGCUGAUUUUUCGUAUCCUGGGGGAUGCCUCUGACCCCUGGGUAUGCAUGGCAGUGCUGGCUUCCCCGGCCACACUGCUGACUGUGUCCCAGGGUGGCAUGAUCGGUCUGUGGAGCUCAGCCACGGGAACGCUGCACAGGAAGCAACAUUUGUCCAGCGUCAGAGAAGAUACACUUGCCUGUGGGGUCUCAGUCCAGAAACAAGGAAGGAUGGUUACCGGGUCCAGUACAGGCUCCAUCUCUUUGGUUUCCUCCGAAGGAGACAGCCUGCUGGAAAAGCUUCCGGAAGCUGUGGGGUUCUUGGUGGUCUCUGAAGAUGAGUCUCUUCUCGCUGCAGGUUUUGGAAGGUCCGUGAGGAUAUUUUUGGAAGAUGCACAAGGCUUUCAUCGAUUCAUGGCCACUGAUCUUGAACAUGAAGAUGUGGUAGAGACAGCCAUUUUUGGUCCUGGAAACAAUCUGAUUGUCACCGGGUCCUGGGAUGCACUCAUUCAGGUGUGGAGUCUGUCAGCGCAGGGGACUCUGCUGGACAUCUUGGACGGUGUCGGGGCCCCCGUGAGCCUGCUGGCCCGGGCUGGGGCCCUGGUGGCGUCUGCUUCCCGUCAGUCGUCAUCUUUUAAAGUCUGGGACCUCACCUGCGCUCAGAAGCCGAGGGCCUCUAACCCGUUUCUGGACCGCACCGGCCUCACGGCAGUGUCACACAACGGCAGCUACAUGUACUUCCCUAAAACUGGGGACAAAAACAAAGUCAGCAUUUGGGCCUUGGCAGAAGGUGAGGAGCAAGAUGCUCUGGACACCUCCAAUGAGGUCAGGUGUCUGGAGGUCGCCGAGCAGGCCAAUCUCCUUUUCACUGGCCUUGUUUCUGGGGUUGUCCUGGUGUUCCCCCUGAAUUCCAGACAAGACGUGAUGUGUAUCCCUCCUCCAGAAGCCCGGAAAGCCGUCAACUGCAUGGCUCUUAGUAAGGACGAGGGCCACCUGGCCAUUGCCUAUGACAGCACCGUCCUGGUGCUGGACAUCAGCCCGGGGGACCCCUGUCCAGUCAUCGAUGGGCCAGUAUACACCUUCUAUACCCAACUGCCUGCCACCAUAGCCAGUGUGGCCGUUCUGGCUGACUAUCGCGUCAUCUACGGCAUGAUCAACGGCGACCUCUUCCUUUAUGAGUGUGUGAGUUCCAAGGUGUUCCCUCUGGAGGCCCAUGGGAGCCGAGUCACCUGUGUGGAGGUCAGCCACAAAGAGCAGCUGGCAGUCAGCGGGUCCGAGGAGGCCCUGUUGUGUCUUUGGGACCUGCAGGUGUGCAAGUGGAAAUUCCAGAUGAGCUACACGAAUUCUUACUGUAUAGGAGUCCAAUGUGCUUGCUUCUCCAAGGAUGACAAGUAUGUCUAUGCAGGCUUGAAAGAUCGCUCCAUAAUUGUCUGGAGUGUGCUGGAUGGCACACUGUUGGCUGUCCAGUUUGUCCACGCCGUGGUGAACAGGAUCAUCCCAACCUCCAAUGGCUUCAUCGCCCCCUCCAGACAUGGCUAUCUCAUCCGCGAGCGUUUCCAGUGCCCUUCAUCAAGAAGCUCACAACAGGACCCUCUCAAGAACUUCAAGAAAGCAGUGUGGAUGGUCAAAUCCAGGCAGAGAGAAGAGCUGGCAGCUGCUGCGGGAGCCCUCCAGGACUUGAGAUCAGAGAGUGCCCAGGGAAAUGAAUCUAAAUCAAACAAACGCUCACAAGUCUGCCUGCUGGUGUAA